CCAGUUUGUAAUCCCGUGUGAGGGGGUGGAGCGCCCUGUGAGGAGAGGGUGAAAAGCUCUUUAACAAGAGAACUUCAGCAGGAAGGCAGAGCAGCUUUUCUACAGCUCAUUCGCUACUGACGGAGAGUUACCCAACGAGCAGGAAGAUGGCGAGCUCUUUCACGCGUCUGAUCUCUGGCCGCAACAAGGCCGUGCUGCUGGCCAGCUUGGGCGCGGGAACGAUGGCGACCGGCUUCUUGUUGAGCGAAAACAGCUCUCUGGCUGCUGAGGCGAAGAAGAAGCUUUAUCCUCCCAGCUCUGAUUUCCCUGACCUGAGGCACCACAACAACUGCAUGGCCUCGGCUCUGACUCCAGCCAUUUAUGCCAGACUGAGGGACAAGGUCACCCCCAACAACUGGACCCUGGACCAGUCCAUCCAAACUGGAGUCGACAACCCCGGGCACCCUUUCAUCAAGACGGUGGGCUGUGUGGCUGGUGACGAGGAGAGCUAUGAGGUGUUUGCUGACCUCUUUGACCCCGUCAUCAAAGACAGGCACAACGGCUACGACCCCAGAACCAUGAAACACCCCACUGACCUGGAUGACUCCAAGAUAACGCACGGCGUGUUUGAUGACAAUUACGUUCUUUCGUCCCGCGUCCGCACCGGCCGCAGUAUCCGUGGGCUGAGCCUCCCCCCGGCCUGCUCGAGGGCCGAGCGUCGCGAGGUGGAGCGGGUGGUGGUGACGGCCCUGGCAGGCCUGAAGGGAGACCUGGCUGGACGUUAUUACAGCCUGGGAGAAAUGACGGAUAAGGAGCAGCAGCAGCUCAUUGACGACCACUUCUUGUUUGACAAGCCUGUCUCUCCGUUGUUGACAUGCGCCUUUAUGGCCCGAGACUGGCCGGACGCCAGGGGCAUCUGGCACAACAAUGAGAAGACCUUCCUGAUCUGGGUGAACGAGGAGGACCACACCAGAGUCAUCUCCAUGGAGAAGGGCGGCAACAUGAAGAGAGUGUUUGAGAGAUUCUGCAGGGGACUCAAACAGGUGGAGCAUCUGAUCCAGGAGAGAGGCUGGGAAUUCAUGUGGAAUGAGCAUCUGGGCUACAUCCUCACGUGUCCCUCCAACCUGGGCACCGGCCUCAGGGCGGGCGUGCACGUACGCCUGCCAAAGCUCAGCAAGGACCCACGUUUCUCCAAAAUCCUCGACAACCUGCGGCUGCAGAAAAGGGGCACAGGAGGUGUGGACACGGCCGCUACUGGAGACGUCUUUGACAUUUCCAACAACGACCGUCUGGGCAAAUCGGAGGUGGAGCUGGUCCAGCUGGUGAUCGAUGGGGUCAACUACCUGAUUGAGUGUGAGAAGAAGUUGGAGAAAGGCCAGGACAUCAAGGUCCCGGCCCCCAUCGCUCACUUUAGGAAGUAAACGCUGGACUCCACACGCAUCCAGUGUAAGCGGGAGGUCAGCUCUCUGCCCGGCGCUCCCUCCCAAACUGAGCCUGCGGAGAAACCUCGGCGCGACGUCCGUCCACUGCUACAGAGGAGGUUGUUUGUUGCAGACCUUUAGGGUAGCCUAAUCUUAGACAUCAUCUGCUGUUAGGGGACAAUUCUACCUCAAGUUAAGGUCUUCACUGUAACCCUGACUUCAAUAAAGUCAACAAUAUUCGACAA